UGAACAUCAGCGAGAGCAUGUGUCAUUUCGGCUAUUUUUGUAUCUCACACAGCGCCGUUUUAACUGUGCUCGACGUUCUGUGGCCGUUCUUUUUAGCAACAACUGAAAGAUAGGAUUUUUUUCUUCAGUUCAAGCAGUGUGAGUGAUAAAUAUCUAGUCAGUCAUGUGGAUGCAACGCGCCAGUCCCGCUGUCAAUGCCAUCAUCUCGAAUGGGGCAUUUGCUCAGCAAAACCGUAAUAUGGCCACAUUGAAAGCCAUUUCCAUGCGGCUCAAGUCAGUCAAAAAUAUCCAAAAGAUCACGAAAUCAAUGAAGAUGGUGUCUGCUGCCAAGUACACACGUGCCGAACGUGAAUUAAAACAGGCUCGCCCAUACGGUGAGGGCGCCACAAAAUUCUACUCAGUCGCCGAAUUCGAACCACCAACAGACAAUGCAAAGGAACUUUUGGUUGCAAUCACAUCCGAUCGAGGUCUAUGUGGUGCUGUUCAUACCGGUGUCGCCCGUGCCAUCCGUAAUGAUCUUCAAUCGCGCACAGAGAGCACCGAAAACACAAAGAUUGCCUGUGUCGGUGACAAAAGCCGUGCCGUUUUGCAACGCUUGUUUGCCGAUAAAAUUGUGUUUGUUGCCAACGAAAUCGGCCGUACACCACCAAGUUUUACCGAUGCAGCAAAAAUUGCCAAUGAAAUUUUGGAAUCAGGUUUCGAUUUCACGCACGGUACAAUCAUUUACAACAAAUUCAAAAGUGUCGUGUCGUACACAUGUAGCACGGUGCCAAUUUUCAGUUUGAAAGCCGUUGAAUCCUCCGAAAAGUUGGCCAUUUUCGAUUCAUUGGACUCGGGUGUACUUAAAGAUUACCUUGAAUAUUCAUUGGCCUCCCUCAUAUUCUAUGCCAUGAAAGAAAGUGCCUGCUCCGAACAGUCAUCGCGUAUGACUGCCAUGGACAACGCCUCAAAGAAUGCCGGCGAAAUGAUUGACAAACUUACACUUACAUUCAAUCGUACUCGACAAGCUGUCAUCACACGUGAAUUGAUUGAAAUUAUUUCUGGUGCUGCUGCCCUGGAUUAAAUGUGCCUCUAAUCUCUAUCAUAUGCUAGUCAACGCACAACAACAACAACAACAACAACAACAACCAACAUACUCAGAUUGAACGAGAAAGAAAAAACGGACGAGAAAAUGGUUUAAUCUCAAAUUUGUCCAAAUUCUUUGUAAACGAACCAAAGAGAUAAAACAAAAAAUUAUAAUCAAAUUAUAUUUAUUACGAUGCGAACUGACAAACAAGCACAAAACACUUGAUGGCAAUCUUCUGAAUCUUUGUGCCAAAAUCAAAACUGACAAUACAAAUACAACGAAUUUUCUAGUCCAAUUUAAUAAAUUACUAUCGUAUUUUUCUGAUGAAAUUUCAUUUUGCAGCCAAAUUAAUUAAUGCGAAAGUGUUUUUUUCCUGUUAAAAGUUGCCAUUUGGAAUGAAUAAAAUGUUAAAAUAAUAAAAAAAAAGAUUUAACAAUAUGAAA